GGCAGAGAGGGGGGCAGAAACACGCCGAGCGGUGCUGCUCCCUAUUGGCGACGUCGAGUCGCGACUCCCCACCCGGGACAGUCGAACGAGGUCCGAAGGCGAGCUCUUGGUGUGUAACCACGGUGAUUUUCCCUGACUAGGGUACGCGCAAGACUUCGUUCCGCUACCCUGCUGCGCGUUCCUCUUUCUAACGUGUGCGUGCAUUCUCCUCGUGUCGGUUUAGUUUUACUCAUCGUCUCUUAGUCGUCUCUUAGUCCUUAGUCGUCUCUCGCCGACUUAGUCGUCUGGCUUGUGACUUCUUUACGACGAGUCGAGUUUAGUCGAAUCGAAUCGAGUCGAGUCAAGUCAAGUCAAGUCAAGUCAAGUCAAGUCGAAUCGGAAGAACAACGACAGAGUAUCGUUCAAUCAUAAUAUCGUAUUAAUACCAUAUUAUUUCGUUUUGUGUGGGCCGCGGUUGGUGUAAAGGGAGCAUUUCGGGAGUAAACCCGAUCGAAAAGUUGGAUUGAGAGAGAGAGAAAGAAAGAAAGAAAGACACGCACGUACUUAUAGUAAAAAAGGAAAGACAGAGAGAGAGAAAGAGAGAGAGAGAGAGAGAAGAGAGAAGACGAUAAAAGCGUAAUACGUACUACGGGUACUCCGUUAGACAGAGAAGGAAAGUAGAUAGAGGAAAGAUAUAAGUGAAGGAAAGAGUGCUGCGAGAGAAAAUAAAAGAAGAAGAAGAAUAUAUAAAGGCGACGAGAAGCGAGGUGAAGUUCGGCCGACGUGCGUCGUCGUCGUCGUCGUCGUCGUCGUCGCCGUCGCUGCCGUCGUCGUCGUCCCCGUUGUCGUCGUCAUCGUCGUCGUCGUCCUCGUCGUCGUCGUUGUCGUCGUCGGUGGUAGUCGUAGUCGCGUUGUCGUGGUGGUGUCGUCGUCAACGUCCUCUCUCUUCCUCGUCGAUAGUGUGUGCGCGCGCGUCUUUCCGAACGCGUCCCACGCGUGUGUCGCGUAUCACCGCCGCCGGUGAAACCGAGAGAAUUCGAACGAGGCAGAGGGUAAAAUAGGAUUUCUCGCGUGGUCCUCUCCCGCGGCGGGAGGAGGGGUGGCGUGCACGGAGGUGCGAGUGAGAAAGAGAGAAAGAGAAGAUAGAAAGAGCGAGAGAGAGAGAGAGAGAGAGAGAGAGAGAUAGAAACAGUGAGACAGAGACGGAUAGAUAGAGACAACGACGAGAACGUGUGAGAGAGAGAGAAAAAGAGAGAGAGAGAGACGGAAGAUACAGCGCUGGAGUUGGAGUCAUACGAGCAGGAGAGGGAGAGAGAUAGAUCGAGUACGAGAACGAGCGAGAGGGACGACGUAUCGUGCGCGACAAACGCCGACGUGUUCCCUUUGAGAGAAGGAGAGAGAGAUAGAUAGUAGAGGAGGCAGAGAUAAGGACGGAGAGAGAAGAGAGAGAGAGGGAGAACGAACGAGCGAGAGGGAGAAAGACAGAGAGAGUUCGUUCGCAAAGAGAGACGAAGCGACGGAGACGGGUGCGCUACUCGGAGGCGCUGUCGCUGCGCCCUAACGGCCAUUCCACGAAGCUCAGUUAUCACAAUGGCUUCCGUGAAAGACACAGCAACUUUCUUUGCGGAGGGCACGGCAAAUCAGUUCGAGCACGUAUUGAAACUCUAUCCGCAGGCGCUUAGACUUAAGGCCGAUCGUAAGACGAAAAAGCCUGAGGAACUGAUCAAGUUGGAUAACUGGUAUCAAAAUGAACUUCCGAAGAAGAUCAAGUCACGUGGUAAGGACGCUCAUCUCAAUCACGAGGAAUUGGUUCAAGCGAUGAAAUGGAAACAAACACGCGGAAAGUAUUAUCCACAGCUUUCCUACCUGAUCAAAGUGAACACACCACGCGCCGUAAUGGCGGAGACAAAGAAGGCAUUCAAAAAACUUCCGAAUUUGGAACAGGCGAUUACCGCUUUGUCGAAUUUGAAAGGUGUCGGUACUACGAUGGCAUCGGCGUUACUUGCUGCAGCAUCACCGGAAAGUGCGCCCUUCAUGGCGGACGAGUGUCUUAUGGCGAUACCCGAGAUCGAGGGUAUAGAUUAUACCACCAAGGAAUACCUCAACUUUGUCCAGCACAUUCAGAACACCGUCGAGAGGUUGAACAAACAGACGUCAAAUGGUAAAUCAUGGAGCCCUCACAGGGUGGAACUGGCACUAUGGACCCAUUACGUUGCGUCUGAAUUAAAACCAGAGUUGUUGGACGGUAUACCGGGUUCCACGGAAAACGGUAAUUCGCAUCCGUCUAGCAACGGCGAAGCGACGGAACCAUCGGACGACAGCAAUCAAGAGGGUGCCGUGGUAGUGGUUGCGAACGGCAAAGAGCCAGGCAGCAUCGACCCGGCGGCCAUUGACGAAAACAGCACGACCACGUCCUUCACUGAGGAUUCUAUGGAUAAACCUGCCACUCCCAUAACCGUAGCUGUUCCGAGCGAGGAUACGAACGAUUCUCUCGCUACGAAUGAAAACGAUGAUAGUAACAAUACGCCACGGUUAACGGACAGCGAGGACACCGAGGACUCGCAAGACGUUCAGGAGCCGCCCACUAAGAAGAGUAAGAAGUGACCCACCAGCAUAGACCAACAACGCGUUACGAUGAUGAUGAUGACAACGACGAGUAGUAGCAGCAGCAGCAGCAGCAGCAACAGCAGCGGCAGCGGCAGCAGCGGCAGCGGCAGCAAUAGCAGCGGCAGCAACAGCUGUGGCAACAAAGGCAGUGCUAACAGCAGCGGCAGCAGCAGCAGCAGCAGCGGCAGCAGUAGCGGCAGCAGCAGCGGCAGCAACAGCAACAGCAACAACAACAACAAUAACAACAGCAACAGUAGCAGCGUCAGUGCUCUCGGUUCUAAUUUAACGUUGAUCGCGGCGAGGCGUUUUUAAACAAAACAAAACAAAAAAUAAAAUAAAUAAAUAAAGGGGAAAAAAAGAAAGAAAAGGAAAGAAAAAGGAAAAAAAAAGAAAAACCGCCAGGGCCAUAGAUCAGGGUCAUGAAAGGAAACCCAUCGGCACAUAUAAAAUAAAAAUAAAAAAAAAACAACAUACA